ACAGUGGAGAGAGGGUUUGUGGAAUAGAUAAGGUAUCGUUAGGGUUCUAUUUUUAGAGGUUGGACAGUGGAUUUGCAAGUUAUUACUACGUAGAGUAUAAUUCAGUCACGGCGAUUUGGACACCCUACGUACGCUUCCGGUGGCGUGCUUUACAAGUCGCACAUCUAUGGCGUCGCUUGUCAGCAGUCAGCCACCGACGGAACAGAUCCCAAGUUUCAAGCUGAUACUUGUUGGCGAUGGCGGAGCAGGGAAGACUACUUUCUUGAAACGUCACCUGACUGGAGAGUUUGAAGAGCUGUACGAACCCACGAUCGGCGUCCAGGUUCGUCCUCUUCUUUUCGUCACAAAUCGCGGUCGCAUUCUUUUCAAUUGCUGGGACACUUCCGGUCAGGAAAAAGUCGGUGGCCUUCGAGAUGCAUACUACGUGCAUGGCAGUUGCGCCAUCAUUAUGUUUGACGUCACCUGUAAGUCCUCUUACAAAAACGUUUCCCGAUGGUACGAGGACAUCUGUCGCGUCUGCGACCUCCGGAUCCCGAUGGUCCUCUGUGGGAACAAGGUUGACGUCAACAAAAGGCAGGUGAAGCCCCAUCACGUGACCUUCCACAAGACGAAGGCCAACCUAGACUAUUGCGAGAUGUCUGCCAAGGGCAAUUACAACGUGGAUAAGCCAUUCCUCUACCUGGCGCGCAAGCUGCUGGACGAUCCCGACAUCGUCUUCCUCCAAGGUCCAGCUAUGGAAGCCCCGGAGGUGGAGAUGACGGACAUCGACCAGCAGCAAAAGCAAUACGAAACAGAAAUUGCGGCAGCUGGCCACGGAUCGAAUCCCACGACGGACAGAUGAGGCUCUCUGAUUCCUUGAUGGCUUUCGUCCAGUUGUCAUCUCUUAUUCAAAUCUCUUACCCAAUGGCCGUCGGGCAUUUGGACGUCUCUCUGGACCAGGUGCAUCUUACCCAAUGCGCGUCGGUCCACUUCUCAAGAUUCUACAUGCAUUUGGACGUCUUUCUGGACCGGGUGCAUUCGGAGGAGUCCCAACAUUUCGAAUGCAUCGGGAAAGAUUAUGACCUCCAGAUUCACUUAGCGUUUUGUGUAGUGGACCGAGGAACAAUUUCCUAGCCUGCUAACGAACGUCCCAUCAAUCGCAAUCUCUUCUGAGCGCAUCAGGUUAUCUUAUCCACAAUCUACGAGCUAAUCUCAGGUUUUUUUUUUUUUUUUUUUUUUUUUUUGGUGCUUUUUGAUUCCCUCUCAAAUUCACCUUUCACUACCUACCGCCCACUUCUCCUCCUAGGGGUGUAAAUAGGGCCGGCCACUUCUCCUCAUAGGGGUGUAAAUAGGGCACCCCUCUAAGCAUAGCAUAGCCACCCUUCUAUAAGGGGGAUUGCAUGUUACCCUUGCCCUAACAGGGGUAGUGAGGGAGUAGGAUGGAUGGAGCGAUCUCGUGAUCUUAUCGACAACUGACCGAGCUACGUGACGAGAGUGCGUUGUGUUCGGGGAAAAGUCCCAACUUAACGCAGUAAUUGCGAUAUAUGGUUUUCUACUCGGUCUGAUUUCCUUGUACAUUAUCUGGCUUGGCAAUGCCCUCUCUGUUCUCAGAAAAUUCUAACGCAAUCAGUCCCGAUCUCGCCCACAUUGUUUGUCCCGAUCUCGCCCACAUUGUUUGUCCCGAUCUCUCUCACAUCGUUUGUCCCGAUCUCGCCCACAUUGUUUGUCCCGAUCUCGCCCACAUUGUUUGUCCUGAUCUUGUACACAUCGUUUGUCCCGAUCUCUCUCACGUUGUUUGUCCCGAUCUCUCUCACAUUGUUUGUCCCGAUCUCGGCUACAUUGUGUGUCCCGAUCUGCGGCCACAUUGUGUGUCCCGAUCUCGACCACAUUGUGUGUGUCCCGACCUAUACCUUUUUCGAUCUUCUGGCGAAAGAUACAUCGCGUGUAGUGUCAUCAAAGAAGAGAAAAGGGAAUAAAGAAGGGGAAAUCAU